AUGCUGCCAGAUCAUUUCUCACCCUCAGUAGACAUUAAACUCUUUGUCCUGGCCUUAGUUGUCUUUGUGGUUCUGGCUCAGACUGCCCCAGAUGGAUGGAUCAGAAGGUGCUGUUAUGGAAUUGGCAGACUCAGGACAUCAUGCAAAGAAAUUGAGAGGAAGAAAGAAAAAUGUGGAGAAAAAUAUAUUUGCUGUGUCCCUAAAGAAAAGGAUAAAGUAUCACACAUUCAUGACCAAAAAGAGACAAGUGGGCUAUAUAUCUAG